AAUCGGAAUCUGCGUGCGUGUUCCUUAAACGAAGAAGAUGAUUAGAAGAAGAAUCUCUUCGAUCAUUUCAACAUCCCUCUUCAAUUCCUCGAUUCAUCACUCCGCCAAGCCGAGAUUCAUCGUCUCGUCGCCGCUUCUCCAAUGCCGUCGAUCUCCGAUCCUUACUCAAGUUCCUAGCUUUCCGGGCGGAGUUUCGUCGUUUCAGGGAAUGAGGGCUUACAGUUUGUUGAGCUUGAACGAUCUGAGAGACAAUGUGCCGAGAAAGCUCAAGACGAGGAAAGGAAGAGGUAUUGGGUCUGGCAAAGGUAAAACCGCGGGGAGAGGUCACAAGGGGCAGAAGGCGAGAGGGACGAUGAAGUUUGGUUUCGAAGGUGGGCAGACUCCGUUACGACGCCGUUUACCUAAACGUGGCUUCAACAACAAGUUUAAGCUCCAUUUUCAGCCGGUUGGUUUGGGGAAGAUCGCUAAACUCAUAAACGCUGGGCAGAUAGAUUCACAUGAGUUGAUCACGAUGAAAACGCUCAAGGAUGUGGGAGCCAUAGGAAAGCAAAUAGAAGACGGAGUAAGACUAAUGGGUCGUGGUGCUGAUGAGAUUAAAUGGCCCCUUCAUUUCGAGGUUUCGAGAGUGACAGUUAGGGCUAAGGAGGUGGUGGAAGCAGCAGGUGGAUCAGUGAGAAGAGUGUAUUACAACAAAUUGGGGUUGAGGGCAUUGCUUAAACCGGAAUGGUUUGAGAAGAAAGGAAGGUUAUUGCCAAAAGCAGCGAGACCACCUCCUAAACAACAAGAUCGUGUCGAUAGCAUUGGACGUCUUCCUGCUCCGAAGAAACCCAUCCCUUUCUAUGCAGCUGAGGAAAGCAAAGUUGAGUCUCCUGUUGGAUCAUGAUUUCGGUUAGGCUUUUAACGUUUGAUGUUUCGGUUUAAGUUGUUUCUUGUUUCUUGGUCUUGUUCUUACAAGAAAAAUUGAGAAUGGUCGAUGGACCAAAUAAUGUCAUUCACGUUUAAAGUUUUUAUGGACUUAAAUCCCAAAUUAGAAUGAUUAUUAUUGAUUAGUAGAUAACUGUAUAUAUAAUGGCCAAUUGUUAAAUCAAA